AUGUUAAUAAUUAAUAAGAAAGAGACCAAAACACCUAACUCCAAGUCUCGAGCACCUUCACAGAGGCAUCCGCCCACUUCUGUCCUGCUCCUGCGUGUAUGGAAUGCACAAGAAUGUCCUUCCCAGCUACUGAAAGACUUGGGCCGGGGACCUGGAAGACUGGCCACGCCAGGAUCCCACCGAAGAGAUGGUGUCGAAGGACGGGGACCACCACAGGAGACGCGGAAGACCCGAGGCCCCGAGGUGCGCCGCAAGGAAAGGUGUCGGUCCAAGGCUCCAGCUCUUCCUAAAAAACCUUCCGUUGCUGUCCGCCGCCAGCGGCUGGCAGUGGCAGAGGACCGGCGUGAAGGCGGCCCCUCGGGCUGUGUGGCUACUGGAGCUCCGGGCCACAGCUCAAUGGUGCAACGCAAAGUCGGCGUGGGGCUGAGCCCAGUGCCCUCAGCGCCUAACCAGACGGAAGGUGGCGCGGCGCCGCGGCAAGGGGUCCUUUACCCAAGGAAUGUCCUUGGAUCCUUGUUCGAAUCACCGGCCUCCUCGCUGAGCCUCCGUUUCCUCUUGUAUGCAGCCCAACAAGAGCCGAGAAGAUGGAAUGAAACGCCUGCUCCCUGCCUCUCUCUUAUUUUUCUCUACGCCUAGCCAUAGAGCUGCGCUCACAAUCCGGGAUUCAAAACUGUAUCACUGACCCCACUUCUUUUCAUGUAUUAGCUCACGUAUUAGCUCAGUUAAAUCCUCAAAACGAUCCCAUUAUGCAGAUAAUACUCGUAUUCUGUGUUUCAUAUGAGAAAACAGGCAAGCCAAGUCGUGUAUGUUGCUGCCUAAGAGCCGCACUAGGCAGGCAUGUGAACCCAGGCAAUCUAGUUUUUGAAUCCAUACGCUUAACCAUGCUAAUACACUGUUAAAGGAGUAGGCUACCAUCCGUUCUUUUUUUCUGGUUGCUGAGAGAAAGCAGUCAAUGUGAUUGUCGUUUCAGCAAUGCUACCUAUCCUUUUUUUCAAGUAUGGUAGAGUUUUG